GUCUGCUGCAGUGCCUGCAGUUGCUGAACUAUGAAUUUUUAUUAAAACUAACAUUAAAUCCCUUAUAAUAUUGUUUGAAUAAUGUCUGUAAUCAGAGCAGGAUUACAGAAAAUUACCAAUGUUCUCAGAAAUGGACCAGGAGGGAUUUUGUCUAGAUUUAUAACUAAUAUCGCACCAGUUGAAAGCAAAUCAGAGGCUGAAACAACAAAAGAUGUUAUAGCAACAUGCAAUAAACUGAUAGAAGAUAAAGCAUCACGAAACUUCGCAGUAGUACAUCUUUUGGGAAAGCAAUGGAGAGUUACUGAUGGAGAUUUACUAGUGCUUGAAGGAUACUGGCCACCUAACAUAGGUGACCAAAUAAAAUUGGAAAAGGUACUGGUUGCUGGAACUAAAGACUUUUCCCUUAUUGGCCGACCUCUUGUCCAGCCUGGUUUAGUAAACAUCACUGCAACAGUUAUCUCCAAGGGCCUAUCUCACACACGUACACACUUCAAGAAGAAGAGGAGGAAGCAGUUCAUGCGCAUCAACUUCCAAAGAGCUCAACAGACUAUGCUAAGGAUUAACUCAGUUGAAAUUGCUAGCAAGAUCAAUGAACCUGCCAAUAAUGAAUUUUAAUAAUCAUAUUUGGAAAGUAGAUAAUAAAUAGAUUUUAAUAUUUGAAA